UAUUUUUAUAAAAAAAAAAAAACAAAGAAAAGAAAAAAACGUAAUAUUCCACCGAAAACCCAAUUGAAGGUCAUCAAAUAUAAAUGUACAGAAACUGCACGACAAGACAUUUGGCAUAAAUUGCUGCUGCAAAUUACUCGGGUGAAUCAGCAGCUAGAAAAGCAGGAAGGCAACGCCAGCCUCUGUCUGUCACUAGAGCCAAAAACACCAUUUAAUAACCAAACACAAAAAAGAACACAACACUAAACGCAAUAUGGUCAAUACAUCGGGCAGUGAAGAUGGCCAGCUGCGCAGCCCCAACGACGGACACUAUAUCAGCUGCGAUGAUGAGCACGAUGCGGACGAUGGCCUCUAUAUACAGCCGCCACAGGCGACGAGCAGCACUCAGCAGCAGCAGCAGGCUCGCGGUGGUGGAGACGCGGCGUCGGGUACGCGUCGCGAAAAGAAGAAACACUCCAGGGAUCGUCGGCACAAGGAACACCACACGCUAGAUGGCAUCGAAAGGGAUCGAGAACGUGAACGUGACCGGGAAAGGCAGCGUGAAAGGGAAAGGGAGCGUGAAAGGGAACGCUAUGAUUAUCGGGCAGCACGGGAUGAGAUGGAGCAACGUUAUCAUCCACAUGCACAUCCCCAUCCACAUCCGCAUCAGCAUCGCAGCGAGCGUAAGCAUCACUUGAGCCAUGCUGCCGCCUAUCAUUAUCAGCAACAGUUGCCACUGCCGCCGAUGCCGCCACAGAGCUAUGCACAUCAUGCCCACCAUCAUCAUCAUCAUCACCAGCAGCAACAACAGCAGCAGCAGCAACAACAGCAACAACAACAGUCAGCACCUCAACUGAUGAGCUUAUCACGUGGCGGCGGCGGCGGCGGUGGAGCACGGGGCGAUUAUUAUCACAGCAGUCGUCAUCAUGUGGAUUAUGUAGAUGUUGUUGAGCAGGUGCCGCGACGUGCCAGCAAACAUGGACAUGUCUACGAGCAGGUCAAGGAUGCCGAGAGUCUCGAACAGGACCUGCGCUCGCGGCUGCUCAGCAAGCGACACAAAUACGUCAAAGACUAUGCCACGGAUGAGAGUUAUGAGCAGCAGAUGCAGCAGCAGAUGCAGCAGCAGCAGCAACAACAACAACUCCAGCAGCAGUCCCAAUCCCAGCACAGUCGCCGCAAGGAGCGUGAAUCGCGACGCGCCGGCUCCACCAGUCACAGUCAUAAGCUGCGUCACGGUCAGGUCAUUGAGCUGCUGGACAGUCCCGAGACGCAUGCAACGCAACAUCGGCGCAGCAAAGAGCAAAGACGCGCCGCCGAAGCUGAGGCACAGCUGCAACAACAACAGCAGCGACGUACUGCAUCCGCCAUCGAUCCGGAGCUCUUGGCGCGUCGUGAGAAAAUCUUGGCCGCGGAACGCGAGAAUCGCAAGCGGAAGCAGAUUGCCCGGGAGCAGCUUGAGGCGCGUCGGGAGCAAUUGCUGCGCGAGCGCAACGAGCACAGUGAUGCUCUAAGUCCCAGCACAGUGGCAGCCAGUGUCACCGCUGGCCUCAACAUAAUCAAGCGGAAGCAUAAAUCCAAACCGGGUGGAAUCGAGGAGCAUUAUGAACAUCAUCGAAAGCGCAGCAAGCCAACAAAUGAGGAGCAGACAAAGAAAAGCAAUGCCGGCGAUGAUGAUGAGGAUGCCAGUAAUGAGAGUGAGCCAAGUGAGUCCGAUGAAGACGAUGAUGACGAUGAUGAGGAGGAGGAUGAGGAUGACGAGGAGGAAGAGAGUGCCAGUGGCAGUGCGGCAAGUGGCAGCGAUACGGCGGAGGAGAGCAGCUACGAACAGCACCAGCAGCAGCAGCAGGCAAAGUCAACGCACAAGCGAAACAAGCGAAAACGAAAGCAAGCAACGCAUCUUGCUGGUCGUGAGGAUGAGGGUGAGGAUGAGGAUGUACCACUGCCCGACAGCCCAUUGAGUGUGGGUGCCCUCUACAAAUCGCCCCAGCAGCAAAGGCCGCAUUCCCAUUCCGUCAGCUCGAAGAGUUCCAGGCGCAGUCGCAGCAGCGAUAAGAGUCGGAGUCGCAGUCGCAGUCGCAGUCGAUUCCCCGCCAGCAGCAGUGUGGAUGAACGGGAUGAGCAAGUGAAUCAUCAAUGUUCGCGCAGCAGCAGCACACGCAGCGAGGAGCGUGGCAUGGUCGGUCAACAGCAGCAGCAACAGUCGGACAACAACAAUCCCAUUGAGCCGGCGCUGGAGAAGCUUGCGAAGAUUGCCGUUGAGGAUUUGCCGCCAUGCGAUGACAAAGGCGUGCCGCUGCCCAACUAUUAUCCGGGCGUGCAGGGCUGUCGUUCCGUCGAGGAGUUCCAGUGCCUCAAUCGCAUCGAGGAGGGCACCUAUGGCGUUGUCUAUCGCGCCAAGGAUAAGCGUACCAAUGAAAUCGUUGCCCUCAAGCGCCUCAAGAUGGAAAAGGAGAAGGAGGGUUUUCCCAUCACAUCGCUGCGUGAGAUUAACACGCUGCUCAAGGGACAACAUCCGAAUAUUGUGACAGUGCGUGAGAUUGUCGUCGGCUCCAACAUGGAUAAGAUCUUCAUUGUGAUGGACUAUGUGGAGCAUGAUCUGAAAUCUCUGAUGGAAACGAUGAAGCAGCGCAAGCAGAGCUUCUUUCCGGGCGAGGUCAAGUGCCUGGCCCAACAGCUGCUGCUAGCCGUUGCCCAUCUGCACGACAAUUGGAUAUUGCAUCGUGACCUGAAGACCUCCAAUCUUUUGCUCUCGCACAAGGGCAUUCUCAAGGUGGGUGAUUUUGGGCUGGCCCGCGAAUAUGGCUCCCCGCUGAAGAAGUACACCUCGCUGGUGGUCACGUUAUGGUAUCGAGCGCCAGAACUGCUCCUCUGCUCACCCGAAUACUCGACACCGAUUGAUGUGUGGUCCGUCGGUUGCAUUUUUGCCGAAUUCCUGCAGAUGGCACCCAUCUUUCCGGGCAAAUCUGAAAUCGAUGAACUCAAUCGCAUCUUUAAGGAACUGGGCACUCCCAACGAGAAAAUCUGGCCUGGCUACACGGAGCUGCCGGCUGUCAAGAAUAUGCUCAGCCAGAAUUCUCAAUUCACCGACUAUCCGGUGUCGCAGCUGCGAAAGCAUUUCCAAGACAAGACCUCGCAGGCGGGCCUGGGGCUGCUGCAGGGCCUGCUCACCUACGAUCCGAAACAAAGACUGACUGCUGAUGCGGCGCUGAAGCAUGGCUACUUUAAGGAGCUACCCCUACCCAUCGAUCCAUCCAUGUUCCCCACGUGGCCAGCGAAAAGCGAGCUGGGCGCACGCAAGGCGCAGGGCUCAUCUCCCAAGCCGCCAUCCGGUGGCUCGCAAUUCAAGCAGCUGGGACGCGAUGAGCCCAUGGCAACGACGGCAACAGGUGUUGCUGGUGCUGGCGGCGGCAUCGGUGGUGCUAAGCUCGCCUCCGGCAUCAUAACGGGCAACAAGAAAAGCAGCGGUGGGGCCUCGGCGGCAGCAAGCACGGGAUUCGUUCUCAAUGCAGGACUAACGCAACGGCAACUGGCCAUGGGUCCAGGCUUUAGCCUGAAGUUCUGAGAUAGAGACGGAGCCGGAGACGGAAUGUGUGUUUACAGAUUUUUAGCCAAUUCGUGGAUUAAUUGUUAUGUAUAGCGUUUAGCGUGUAAGAUGAAAAUAAGCAAGAAAACAAUAUCGUUUAAUGUAUGUGUACAAAUAUUGUUCCAAAUAUAAUUUAAAAGCCAUACAAAUCACA